UGCAUACUCUUGAUUCUUCUGUGAAGCAGGUAGAAGCUCUGCAUCAGCAGCUCGUGUUGGAUCAGCCGCGGCGUGCUUGAUCCCUCAUCUCAUCUCAUCCUACUACUAGUGCACCAUGGGUUUCGGCGAUCUCAUGAAAGGAGGCUGGCACCCGGAAGGCGGCGGCGGCGGCAGUUCGUCCAAAACCUCAUCUUCGUCGUCGUCGGGUGGAUCCAAGUUCGGCGGUCUCAGCUCCAAGUUUGGCGGCUCCAAGUUUGGCGGCGGCGGCAGCAGCGGCGGCUCGGCGGGCGCGACGCACGAAUAUAGAGAGCCAACCACACCGCUCAGCGCGCUGAAGGAUCCGCAUCUAUUCCCGCCGCCGCCGAAGCACCGCGAGUUCCACCCGGACGCGCCGCCGGCGACGAUCUCGCCAGAGUAUGCGUAUCUGUACCAGCCCGCGCUCGAGAGGCAGCAGGCGAAGCCGGACUGGCGCGCGCAGUUCAGGCCGGGCGCGGUUGCAGGACAGCCGGGGGCUCCAGCUCCCCAGGCUGGUCAGGCUCCGCAGGCAGCUCCGCAGUAUGCAGCACAGCCGGGUCAACAGUAUGGACAGCCUGGGCAACAAUAUGGACAGCAGCCGCAGUACGCAGCAUCGCAGUAUCCGCCUGCGCAGUAUCCUGGGGGAGUUGCACAGCAGCCGGCGCCGCCGUACGGGACGGUGCCGCCUCAGGUGUCAGGGAUGUCAACAAGGCCAGUUCCGGCGCCGCCUCCACGGACGAUGACGGCGACGCCUAGUUCGUAUGCGCCAGCGCCAGCGGCAGUGCCGGCUCAAGUGCCAGCGCCGGGAUAUGGAGGACAGCCGGGGUAUCAGGGAUAUGCACCACAGUACACGCAGCCGCCGACACCACAGUAUGCUCCGCAGGCUCCGCAGGCUCCGCAGGCUGCGCCAGCUGCGCCAGCUCCGCCAACCCAGCAGUAUGCAGCAGCCCCAUCGCCAGCAGCAUCCCCAGCGAUGCAGCAACAAGGAUUCGUGAAAGGCCAUGGAUAUUCACAAUCUCUAUCAGAUACAUCACCGAUGAUGCAGGGCACACCACAGUUCCCCAACUUUGCGGCUGAGAUCAGCCGAGCACGGACGGGGGCAUCUACAGGGUCGAACGGAAGUACAGAAGGCGGAGUGAGUAUGAACGGUCAACGAGUCCCGUCAGGGCACCGCCCUUCACAGUCAAUGUCUGUGGUAGGGAAGAAAGCGCCGCCGCCGCCGCCAAAGAAGAAUGCGAGUUUAAGAGGGCGACCGACGGGGACGACGCCUCCGCCUGGCCCGGUGCCGAGUUUUAAUGGCAAUGGAUAUGGGUAUCCAGCGACGACAGAUAAUAAGCGAAACCGGAUACCGCCGCAGGCCCAGCAUCCAGCGAUACAAAAGAGGGAGGUGCAGAAGAGAGAAGUGCAAAAGAAAGAGCAGGCAUGGCAGGCCCCGGCAGUCGAUUUGGAGCUCGAGAGUAAGUGGUAUGCGCAGGAUUCAAAGAUGAUGCAGUUGAGUCUGCCAUCGUACUUCAAAGGAAAGACGUAUGUGAUGAGCAUGACUACGAGCGGAGAUCAAAAGGCGGUAGUGAUUGCAGUGCGAUCCGAAGAUCUGAGCCGGAGCAAGUUUCGGAUUGAGUUUAAUCGAUACAGGCCCGAGGAAGCCAGCGCGCAGCGGAUCGACUAUCCUCCGCCGGAGAGGCCGUCGUCUAGUGAUUUGGAGGCGGCGGCGAGCGCGUUUGGACCAAGGGUGGCAGGGUUUUGUGCGGGGAAUGUGGGGAGACAGGUUGGGAAUGGGGAGUGCUGGACGCUUGCGCGGGAUGCGCUGAAGAGCGCGGGGGCGCUGGAGAGUAUUGGGUAUGUGCAUGGGGUGAAGGUGUAUGAGGGAGGAGAGGGAGAGGGAGGAGGUGAGGAUGUGCGGGAGGGGGACGUGGUGCAGUUCAAGAACGCGAGGUUUAAGGAUGGGUAUGGGGAGAAGAUUGUGGGGAUGCCUGAUCAUACGGCGGUGGUGAGGAGUGUUGAGGGAAGGGGGCCGUUGCGGGUGCGGGUGUAUGAGCAGAAUAUCGGGGGGGUGAAGGUGGUGCGGGAGGGAGAGUAUGAGUUUGGGAGUAUGGUUGAGGGGGAGGUGGUGGUGUACCGGCCGUUUUGGAAGGAGUGGGCGGGAGAGCUGGGCAGUGAGUGGCCGUGAUAUAGAAGCAAUACUGUUACUACAAGAUGAUAUAAGAAAGAACAACGACAUAUGAUAAGAAGAAGAAGAAGAGAAGAAGAAGUCGGCGGGCGGCGGCCGAGCGAAGGGCAAAGCCGAAAGAGGAAAGACCCACACACAGGUCGGAGAAGAAAAGAAGAAAAAGACUGUGCGCCGCCACCCUGCCGCCUCGGGGAUUGGGUUUGGAGGUGCUUAUUCUUCUUCUUAGAUGUGAAGAUGUGGUGUGGAUAUGAUUAGAAGAUAUAGAAGAUAGAGGAGAUGUAGAAUAUAUGCAAUAACUACUACUACUAAUAUUAACACAGCAGCAACAGCAACAACAACUACAAUCACAACAAAUACUAAGAAGACUCAGAUAUAGAGCUAAUCAGAGCCGCACCGCUGGCUCACCGGCGAUC